CCGGUAGAGGGCUGUUUACGUCGAGCAUCCGUGAAUUCGAACAGUCCGAUCCCGAGUCGUGUCGCGCGUUUACGAGUGCGCGUAACACCGCUUUCGUCCUGUCAGCUGUGCGUCAGGGAACGUGUGCAGGGAACACGCGCUUCUGCACCGAAUCGCGCGCACGAGCGCUGCGCGGCGCAGCGCAGCGCAACGCGACCCGACCCGACCCGACCCGAAACACCCGGCGCGAGACGCGGCCCAGACGUGGAGGUUAGGGUGACUCUCUCCUCUCGCGGUCGUCGCGGUGGUGUGGGCUGCGUGCGCGUUUCCUCGUUGUUUCGGCGGUGCGCGCGAGCGGGGCAGCGCCGUGACAGAAACGCGUGCUGCUUCACCGCCUAGUCGCUUGUCCGCCAGCCCGUCCGCACGCUCGUGCUCGUGUCGCCGUUCGCGCUCUCACCCGUUCGCCCGCUCGUCCGCUUUCUGGUGAAUUCGUAUGGUGAAUUAUUGAUCCGCGGCGGCGUGUGCGUGCGGAAAAACCGCCGUUGGCUGGAAGAGAAGAAGAUAGGGGGGGAUAGAGACAGCAAGAUAUAUAUAUAUAUAUAUAUACAGAGACGGGGGAACUGAUAGGUUGUUGGAGGGAGAGGGAGACGAUAGCGAGAGACAGAGACAGGAUAGGGGAGCCGCGGCGGUGGCGCGAGAAAACGCUUGAAGCUUGAGCACACAUACGGGGUGAGAGACGUGCGCUCUGGUUGGUGUUGGUUGUACAUUGUUUUGAAAAGUGUCGGGCGCGCGCGCGCGCACGCGAAUGCACGCGACGCGUAUCGUCGUGUUGGUCGCGACGCGCGAAAUUGAUAUACCGGCGUGAUUAUCUCUCUUUCUAGACGCGAUAUCGCGAGGGAAGUGUACAUCUUUCGUGUCUCCCGUCAUCCGUCCUGUAUUUCGUAUAACGUAACUUCGCUUCGCCAUACAACGUGAUUUUACGUUCCUCGCGUUCCUCGUCUAUUUCUCGCCCCCGCUUUCUUCCGUCCGUCUGACUCUUCUAUCGCGCGUAUGCGUGUGCGUAGAGACGGAGAAACGAACGCGGGAAAAUCGUGCGUGGGGUAAUGUACGCGGUAAGUGUCGCGACUCGCGUAUCUGUCGUUGAGAGGAGAUCGGCGAUUGUUUCGCGAAGUGUGAGAAGAGGAUAGGAAUAAGAUACCGGGUUAAAUCUUCUCGUGCACGAGACUAACGUGAAUCGCGAAGAACCGGUGAAAAACGGCGAAAGGAAACUCGUCGUCGACGACGAGAGUGUUAGUAGUGUAUUGUUGUCGUCGCGAGGUACGACGACGACAACCAUCACGACGACGACGACGACGACGACGAGGUCAGCAUCGUCGCGCGGAGGCAACGUGACAUUCUGUAUUGUUUUAUUGUACGAUCGCUGCUGAGCGCGCUUCGAUAAACUCGGGAGGAAGCAACGUCCCACCUUCGCCACCGCGGCUUGGAUGGAUACUGUGCAUUAUUUCUGGAGUGCACCCACGUCGCCGUCAUCCUGACCUGCCCGAGAAAUCCUCAUGAAAGACUGGGAACUCAGUACUCAGAAUAGCAUCGGCAGUGCGGUGGCUGCAGCCGACACCAUUUCCGCGCCGUGGACCCCCGCGAGUUCCGGGCCGCCGCCCGACGCCAACGGCUCCGGCUCGGAUACGAAGAACCUCGACGUUGGCGAAAUUAGCGAUGACGAGAAGGACCUGUCGGCAGCGGACGCGGAGGGUGUGUGGUCGCCGGAUAUCGAACAGAGCUUCCAAGAAGCUCUUACCAUAUAUCCGCCAUGCGGUCGACGCAAAAUCAUCCUUUCCGACGAAGGGAAGAUGUACGGUCGCAACGAGCUGAUCGCCCGUUAUAUCAAAUUGAGGACCGGUAAGACGAGAACGCGAAAACAAGUAUCUUCGCAUAUACAGGUUCUCGCGAGAAGAAAACUCCGGGAAAUACAGGCAAAACUCAAAGUGGAUCAUGCCGCCAAGGAGAAGGCACUCCAGACAAUGUCGAGCAUGUCGAGCGCCCAGAUAGUAUCAGCUGGAAGUGCGAUACACAACAAGAUGCCCCCCGCUCUCGUGGGGCCCCUUGCCCUUGCUUCCACCCCUGUCUCCUAUCCCGGAGCGCAAUUUUGGCAACCAGGCCUACAACCUGGAACGUCCCAGGAUGUCAAGCCGUUCCCUCAACCUGCCUACACCGGGAAACCGGCAACGGCAGUCUCGAGCGGUGACAUAGUCCAGGCACAGCCUCCACCGCCAUGGGAAGGACGCGCCAUCGCGACUCACAAACUCAGGCUUGUCGAGUUCUCGGCAUACAUGGAGCAGCAAAGAGACCAGGACAUUUACCACAAACACCUAUUCGUGCAUAUAGGGGGUUCCGCAACCUACGCGGAUCCGCUAUUAGAAGCGGUCGAUGUUAAGCAGAUAUACGAUAAAUUCCCCGAAAAGAAGGGUGGUCUCAAAGAACUUUACGACAAAGGACCACAGGCAGCUUUCUUUCUCGUUAAGUUUUGGGCUGAUCUCAAUAGUAACAUCCAAGACGAAGCUGGAGCAUUCUAUGGCGUCACGAGCCAGUACGAGAGCAACGAGAACAUGACGAUAACGUGUUCGACGAAAGUGUGCUCAUUUGGAAAGCAGGUGGUCGAAAAGGUGGAAACGGAGUAUGCCAGGUUUGAAAAUGGCAGGUUCGUUUAUCGUAUUAGCCGUUCACCUAUGUGCGAGUAUAUGAUUAAUUUCAUCCACAAACUGAAGCACCUGCCAGAGAAGUACAUGAUGAACAGCGUUCUCGAGAACUUCACCAUCCUCCAGGUUGUCACGAACAGGGAUACGCAGGAAACAUUAUUAUGCACAGCAUACGUGUUCGAAGUAUCGACGUCUGAACACGGUGCUCAGCAUCACAUAUACAGAUUGGUCCAAGAUUAGCCUGCUUGAACCUGCUCGCCAUGCAGCCAUCCACCCCCAUCAGUGCCUACCAUCACAUAAAGAUCAUCCAUAAGUAUAUAUACACAUAUACAUACACACACACACACACACAUACAAUAACACUAUAAAAAUAUAUACACACAUCCUAAUCGAUUUUCUCUAUUCUAAGAUCAUUGGAAGCAAGUAUUUCUUUUAUUCUAAUAUGCAUUCUGUCUUUCACUCUCUUUCUCAUUCUAACACAAAUGUAAUGUAAUAUAAUGAGAAAGCAGGGUAAGAGAGGAAAUUUAACUUAAAGAAAAACAACUCAUUUAGAAGAAAAAAUUAAAAUAGAAAAACUUAGAAUAGAAAAAUUCGAUUGUACAUUGCGCGCGCGAUAUAUGGCGUGAUUACAUGGAUAUAACACAACAUGCUUACACUUAAACAGAAAUAUUUUCGCGUCCAUAGUUGGGUGAGUUUCUAUGGAAAAUAUUCGAUCGAUGGUGUUAGAAAAGUUAUUCUAUAAACAAGUGUAAAUAUUGGGCAACUAAUGAAUGUUAUAAAUAGAACAUAUAUCCUCGAUAUACGAUCUGAAUGAAUUAAAAAAUUGGUAUGGUAUAAUUUUGUCUGCACUCAGACAUACUCUAGUAUAAUCCGAAUUUUUUAAUGAUAAACAUGUUAAUUUUUUUGUAAAUUUAAAUAUUAUCCAAUGAAAAAUGGGUUUUGAUCAAACAAAAAUCAAACAAUAUUUCAGUCGCUUACAAACCGGUUGUGAAUGCUAAGGGACAAAGUUAAAGCUGAGAGAUUUAAUUAAAGAUGAGGAACCUAAAGUAUUACGUAAUAGAUAUUUUAAAUGCUACAAAAAUUUCAUUUUUAUAUCCCCUGGAAUUUUUGCGUGUUUUUGUGAUGCUGCAAAAUAAGAUAGACAAAAUAUGUUGCGAACGUUUUCCUUGAAACUCCUUAAAAAGGACCCCAUACACAUAUACAUAUAUAUACACACACACACGUACAAUAGAGUACUGGCCAGCCCGAGCUUGAGUUUGAUUCAAAGUUUAUACUUUUAAUAACUUAUUAAGUCUCUAAGUAUUUAUGUGACAUAUUGUAAGAAGAGAUUCUUGCAGAUGCGCUAGAGACAAUGUCUUUAAGAUAUAUUACAGUUAUAAAUUUUAUAAUAAAAUAGAUAUAAAAAAAUAUCGCAUAUAUAUUUUAUGAUCGCACAUCAUCCAUUUAAUCGGCGAAUUCGUCGAGAUUUUAAUAAAGGGGAUACAAUAAAUUAAGUUAAAAUCGACAAUAAAUUUUGGUAUAAAACUAUGUAAAGAGAUAUAAGCGAUGCAACAAGAGCAAGAAAACAAAGAAACAGACUCUGAUCUCGGAAAGGCAUGGUACCCCAACAUGAUUUAGUAUUAUAGUUUUAUUAUUAAAUUAGAUGAUAGAGAAUCGCGAGACAAGACAUCCAUACACAGAUAUACAUAUAUUAUGUAUAAGAAUAUAUAUGUUAAAUAUUAAUGCAAUGAUUACGAUUUACAUUGUUAUAAAUGAACGUGUAUAAAGUUAUCUAAGUGAUUUCUAAGUUUUAAAGAAAGGAGGUUUGACCGAGAGAUAUGCCAUUAUGACUUUUUAAGUACCAUAAAUUACACUACGAUUAUAUUGUUUUUAUCAGAAUUAGAUCAAAAACACACAAGAAAAACAAAACAUCGUGCAUCAACAAUGUGUUUCUUUAAGCUCUAUUGCAAAACUGUUCUUGCAAGAAUUAGUAUCAUUGUGAAAAUGUUUGCUGCAACGAUCAUUAACCUUUAAUGAUCGGUAGAAAAGAAGGAUGAUGAUCAUUUUUAUAUAUUUUAAAAAUUCAAUCUUUUAAACGCACUUUAAUGUGCAAAUCCACCCACUCUGAUUAGGCAGCGACACUUAGGUUAGAGGGAUGUGUUUGUAUUUCUUAUAAUCGCCUUACUUUGUAUUUUAAGAUCAUUUUCUAUAGUUCUUACUGAUGAAUGAUUUUUCUUAUUUAGUGUACUUCAUUUGUUUUUAUCUUUCUACUACACAUUUACCAAGCGAUAUAUCAGAUUACAUCGAUUACAAAUAGCAGAAUAGGCCACCAUCAUGGGAUAUAGCUAUGUGAUAAGGACUUAGAUCUCUCUGAAACCUGACCUUGGCAUUUUUCACCAGGAGUGUAUUGAAAUCUAUCUCGAAAAAUGUAAAAUAAGACACACACACACGUUUGACAAUUGUUAUAGUGGCAUGAAACAUUGAUAUUUGAAUUACAAUAUAUUGUUCGAUUGUCUGAUUUCAAUACAAUUCUGCAAAUCUCUGUAAGUUAAAAGUAUUUUACAGAGCAUUGAUAAGACAAUGCCCCAUACUGCAAAAAUAUUUCGUACUUAAUAAUAUAAUUUAUGCGUCUCUCUCACAUACAUGGACCAUAGAGAACUUACAUACAGAGAUUUUUCAUGAAUUCAGUGGCAAUUGUUUAAACGAGUAGAGGACCAUACCCUGCAGCUGACUUUAUUUAAUCGCAUCUCUCAUAUAGAUAAUUAUGUGUAUAAAUGCACAGAAAAUUUUUACUUAUUUUGUAAUCCAAUCUGUUGUGUGUUUCUGAAACAGAACUUGCCUAUCGAGCAGUAAAAUAUAAGCAAGAAAAGAUUGUGUAUAUUUUAAGAAAAUAUUAUUUACUGUAUUCUUACUUUAAUUAACUUUUAUGGAACAAGUGGCAAUGUAUUUUGAUCUCUUUUAGUCAGAAAUAUGUCGCUUUUUAUUUGGGGUGAAAAGUGAAUUUACUAUAUGGUUGACUGGAGUAGAAAGGAAUUUAUAUUUAAUUGAUACGUGAAUGUUUUUUUCUUUUUUUUUUUAACUGGCAGCUUUCACAUAUCUUUUACUUAUUGUUACCGUUUUUUUUUCUUUUUUUUAUAAGCUUGGUGUUCAUUUGAAAGUAACUCUCAGAAGUAAAAAAAGAUAAGAGUAUAAAAAAAUAAAUAAGAGAGUAACUCCCUCUUUUUUUUACUUUUUGACAAUAUAUUCAUUUGUAUGAUUCUCGAGAGUGAUUCUUCAUAAUAUUUUUAUCAAAUGAACACUAGUAGCCAGUAGUAAUUCAUCUCAUAUCGUUUUUUAUUACUUAUAUUCUUUUGACAAUAUAAAUUGUGAUUUUUUGCAGAAUCGCUUGCAUAUCAAACUGGAAUUGUAACCACGAUCACGCUUUACAUGGAUGUUCUUCUUUUUUGCAAUAUUUUGUUUUAAUGUCUAUUGAAAAUAAAGUUUUUUAUUUUACAAUUUGUAGUCAUUUCGAUAAAUAUAACAUGUAUAAUAUAUGUAAUGUUUUUACAAUGUUACAUAUCUAUAAUGAACAAGACAGCGUCUCGUGGUUAUAUAUCGAAUUGCUUAAUAAUGUAUUGUUAUUUCCAAAAUUGCGCAAUAUCUUUGGAAGAUACUCACAAAAAUUUGGUCGUGUAGAUUUUUAUUUUGUAAAAUUCAAAAAAAGGAAUUUGAAAUUGGAAAAAAGGAGCACCGACACUAAUAUUAUUGACAUUUAAGCGUAAUAAUUUUAAAGUAAGCGAAUUACAUUUAUAAGAAAAGAUUAUGAAAAUAUAUAUUUAUCUAUGUCUUCUGUGAAGAUAGAAAAUAGUACUCUUUCAGUCUAUAUUGAUGAUAUCGAAAAUCGAGGCCCGACAAAAAGAUACAAAAUGCAGAAGUAGAUUAAGAAAAA